UGACAAACUUCACCUUGGUACUUUUUAAGCAACUUGGAAAAUAAUUGCCUUCAAUUUACCUAUUUUAGACUUCUUGCAUCCUAUUUUUAAAAAUUCCGCUUUUCUGUAAGCAGUGCACUCUGCCGCUGGUUCAACUAACUCUAGCUUUAAACCAGGUUUUAUGGUAAUUUAAAUUUAGUGACAGAUCACAGUCGUUAUCGUAUGAAUUUUUGUUAGUAAUGGAUGAUUUGAUUCCCUUAUAAACAAGCUAUUUUAGAUAAUGUUCAUAGGGUAUUCUUUAGUCGUAGUGUACAUGACUACUAAUUCUAAUAGAAAUACUAAGAGACUAUUAAGUUUUCAUAACAAUGUUACCUCUAAAGAUUUUUAUUGAAUUUAUUCUCAUAACAGUAGUUUCCAGUUCAUUCAAACCAAAUGAGCUUACUGGAGGAGAUCACUGCUUCUGUAAGCUUAAGGGACAGAUAGGAGAUUGCAGUUGCAAUGUAGAUACAGUAGACUACUUCAACAAUAUAAAAAUAUAUCCGAGAUUACAAAGUUUGAUUAACAAGGAUUACUUUAGGUUUUACAAGGUUAAUUUAAAGAAAGAAUGUCCAUUUUGGUCUGAUGACAGCCGAUGUGCCAUGAAAUUUUGUCAUGUAAAGCCAUGUAAAGAUGAAGAAAUACCUCCAGGCCUGAAGGGACGUAUUUUAAAACACCCCUAUAGCAAUGAAGAAAUGUAUGUUAAGUAUCUUGAAGAGUCCCAACAUCAGGAUUGUGACUCUGAUGUCAUUGAUGAGCUGGGGUAUCUGAACACUACUAUCAGUGCUAAAGCAUAUGAAGAAUUUGCAUUAUGGCAGGCAUAUGAUGAUGCUCAGGACAAUUUUUGUACUCUCCCAGAUGAUGACGGUGAUGCGCAAUAUGUUGAUCUCUCUCUCAAUCCAGAGAGGUAUACUGGAUACAGGGGUCCUUCAGCUCAUCGCAUUUGGAGAAGUAUUUACAUGGAAAAUUGUUUCAGGCCAAAAAAUACUUUCGAUGCUUACAUUUCUACAUCAAAACUUAAUGGUUUAUGCUUGGAGAAAAGGGUGUUUUACAGAGUUGUGUCAGGUCUUCAUGCUAGUAUAAAUAUCCAUCUUUGUUCCCAUUAUCUUUUCCCUGAAACAUUGAGUUUUGACGGCAAAGGAGAAGGUGGUCGCUGGGGAAGAAACUUGGCUGAAUUCAAAAACAGAUUUGGACCUGAAACAACUAAGGGAGAAGGGCCAAGCUGGUUGCGUAACCUCUAUUUCUUAUACCUUCUUGAGUUGAGAGCCAUUCACAAGGCAGCACCUUACCUCUCUAGUAUUGAUUAUUAUACUGGUAGGGAAGUCGAAGACAAGGAAACAUUGGAUGCUAUUAUUGAUAUUCUUACCAUUAUCAGAUCUUUUCCAGAACACUUCAAUGAAAGCACAAUGUUCAAUGGUGGUUCACAAGCUCAAAAAUUGAAAGAAGAAUUCAAACAACAUUUCCGUAAUAUUUCUCGCAUCAUGGAUUGUGUUGGUUGUGAAAAAUGUAAAUUGUGGGGAAAGCUCCAGGUGCAAGGACUUGGUACUGCCUUGAAGAUUCUGUUUUCUGGAAAAUUUGAUGAAAAAAAUGGUUAUCCUAACACCAUUGAAAAGAUGCCAUACAAUGGGAAUGGAAAAGAAUUUAAGCUCGAAAGGAGUGAAAUAGUUGCCCUUUUUAAUGCUCUUGGCAGGAUAUCUACAAGUAUAUUUGAGAUAGAGAAUUUUCGACAAAUGAUGAGGUAACAACAGACUGAUAGUUUCAAAGAAACGUGUAUAUUUUGGAAAAUUCUGUUUCAGAUUAAUUUUUUUAACUUAAAAACAAUGUUUUAAACAAAGAUGAAUUUGAGAGACCUUUUUAGUGUAAAAAUGAUAUUCAUACCAAUCAUAAUUUGGUAAUCAUUUGUUAAUUAAUGUGAUGUUAAUAGUAUUUAUAAUUGUAAGAUUAUUUAUAAUUAUUACUAUCUUAUUCCGAUUCUGUUAUUCUUAUACGCUAAUUAUUUUAUGGAAUCCGAUAUAUAUAUAUAUUUAUUGACACCGCAUUAUAGUUUACAUUCUGUAAAGAAUUGUAUUAAUUAAAUUUUCAAUUUGAGAUUAUAUUAACUUCAUAAGAUAAUUGUUAUUUAUAUUAAGUAUCAAAGAAGUACUUAACAUGACACUAUUAUAAUGGGUGUUAUGGUGUGCACUUUAAAGGUUGUGUAUUAUGAUAUUGCAUUUAUGAGCUCUUCUUAUUUUUAAAUUGUUAUAGAGUGGAGGGUUUCUAUUUAGGUAUGUAUGUACUGUGAUCAGGCAUCUUCAUAAGUAUUGAAUAUGUCUCUUUGAUCUUUAUUUUCAUCUAUAACUUCACUCAUUUCUAUUUAUUCACCUGUUUGGUUAUUACGUAAUUUAUUAAAGUAAGAAUUGCAAAUCUGUUAUUUUAGGAUAAUAUUUUAUUUCUUCUAUGAAAUUGUUGAUAGUGAACACAGUUUUUUUUCUUGAUAUUUAUUUUAAUGAAUUCCAUAGUGGAGCUAUUGUCAAGGUCUAUAUUUAACAAUUGGUAUUAACUGUGAAACAUAAAAAAUACUCUGUAAGUAUUAGAAGUGUAUAAUUUUAUUCACAUUUUUAAUAUUUUAAUUAUUUUAUGGAGUAAUCCACUAAUAUAAAUCAUAAAAUGUUCCUUAUAGUUUCUUACUUUUCUCCUGUUUAUAAAAUAUUGUUUUGUUUGUAUAUAUUUUUAGAAUUUAUUUUUGGAUUGUAUAUAAUGUAUUGAAAUCAAUAUGUUAUUUUUACUGUAGUAUUUAUGAAGUUGUUAGAAUAGGA